AGCCAGCUACCUGUGCGUCUUUCCAGCAUCUAGCUGGCGGCAAGACAUGGCGCUUCGAGCGAGGGAGGGGGGAAUAAACGUGACGGGCAUAUUUAUUCGGGCUGCUACGGCUAUCAGUCAGUGCUGUUUUCCCCUUCGUGUCUGACCACGUUUCACUGAUUGGUUCCUCAGCGCCGUAUUCACGCCAGGUCAGGAAGCGGAGCGCAGGCUCUCUGGCUGCGCGUCCUGUCAGGGUGGCGGCUGUUUACGGUUUCCCAUUCGGUAUCCUGUUCCAAUACGAAGAUAAUAAUAGUCUAUAAGGAGAAAGUAAUCACUUGACAAGGAUCGGCAGUUUAUUAACUAGAUGCUGAUCGUUGUGAUUCGAUCGAUCAGACACAACAGUUGUGAUUGGCACGUGACCGUAGUGCUGUAUUCUCGUGUUGUCGUCCUAGUGUUUUGUCGUAUUGUCUUGUCUUACAUUAACUUAGGUUAAUAAACAGGUUUUGUUCGAAUCACAAAUUUGGUCUUGCAAUUGCUACCAAAUUAACUUAUUAGUUUUAACAUGAACUAUAUACUAGCUUAUGUUAAGCAUAUGUCGGUGUAGUUUCAUAACCUGGCUGGUUCAUUAUGUUGAAAAUCACGCGGUUAUCCCCAGACAUUCCGUACUUCCUUUAAUGAUAACUUUAGAGGAGUUUAUGAAGCCUGCUCCAUUUGCCCCGGCAAACAGAGCACUGAGGCUGCCCUGCGGUGCCCGGGAACGCAGUGUGUGCUCCGGCGCGAUGACUGACCAGGGCAACAACAACCAGAACAUUUCUUGCAACCCAUUCGCCGCCCUCUUCAGCUCAGUCGCCGACGCCAAACAAUUUGCAUCAGGCCAGAAACAGCAGGAACAUCUGGGACCCCCAUCGGACGAGUUUGACGAGAGUCCCUCAGAGUCGGAGGACUCUGUGUCUGACAGCAUCGAGGACAAUGACGAUUCGGUGGCCGAGAUCAGCCGCUCCUUCCGCUCCCGGCAGGAGCUUUGUGAGCAGCUCAACGUCAACCACAUGAUCCAGAGGAUCUUUCUUAUCACGCUGGACAACAGUGACCCCAGUCUCAGGGGUGGUAACGGCAUCCCGCCUCGCUGUGUGUACCUGGAGGAGAUGGCAGCUGACCUGGAUGGACAGGACUGGCUAGACAUGGACAACAUCGAGCAGGGCCUGUUCAACAGGCUGCUGCUUCCGGAGCCGGGAAAUCACCUGAUCUACAUGACCACCUGCAGCGUGGCUAAUCUGUCAGCCGACCGGGACGCUGGCGAGAAGUGUGCCAUCCCGUACCUCUACGCCUGCUACCAGAGGGCCAAGGAGGAGAUCACCAAAGUGCCGGAGAAGCUGCUGACCUUCGCCGUUCGCUGUAAGACCCUGAGCUUGUCCAACGCCCGCACCGUGCUCCUCACGCCCGAGAUCUACGUCAGCCAGAACGUCUACAAGCAGCUGCUGGAUUUGCUGCUGGAGGGCGUGAGCGGAGCCCAGCUGGAUCAGGUGCUGGAGUUUGUGGAGGAGGUCAUAGCCGCCCUUGUGGCAGAUCAGGAGGUGCGCACUUUUGGGGAGGUUAUGGUGCCGGUCCUGGACAUAUUCCAGAGCUGCGUGAAGGACCUGGACCUCUGCCAGUCGCUGCUGUAUUCCUACCUGGACAUCCUGAUCUUUUUCAGCCACCAGAAGGAUAUCGCCAAGGUGCUGGUAGAGCACAUUCAGCCAAAAGACCCCAGCAAUGGGCUGCAGUACCAGAAGACUCUCCUGGGGACCUUGCUGAACAUCUCCUGCCUGUUGAAGACCCCCGGCGUGGUAGAGAACCACGGCUUCUUCCUAAACCCUUCCCGUUCCAGUCCGCAGGAAAUGAAGGUGCAGGAGUCCAACGUGCAUCAGUUUAUGGGCCAGUUCCAUGACAAGCUGCACCAGGUCCUGAAGAAUCUGUUGCAGCAGAGUGGAGAUACACGACACCUGCUGCUCUCCUGGCUGGGCAACUGCCUGCAUGCCAAUGCUGGACGAACCAAGAUCUGGGCCAACCAGAUGCCCGAGGUCUUCCUACAGAUGUACGCCUCGGACGCGUUCUUCCUCAACCUCGGCGCCACGCUGCUCAAGCUGUGCCAGCCCUUCUGCCGCCCACGCUCCCCCAAGCUCCUGACCUUUAACCCCACCUACUGCGCCCUCAAGGAGCUGAGCGAGGAGGAGAGGCGGAACCGCAACGUGCACGCAAGGGGUCUGGACAAGGAGACAUGUCUGAUCCCCGCUCCACCCCAGCAACCUGUGGAGUUUGCACAGUCCUACAAUCUUCUCACAGAGAACCUCAUUCUUACUCAAUCUGCCUUGCACCUGGGCUUUCACAGGCUCCACGACCAGAUGGUGAAGAUGAACCAGUCGCUCCAUCGGCUCCAGGGCACGUGGCGUGAUGCCCAGCACAGCACGGGGCCCGCGGCCGAGCAGCUCCGCGAGCAGUUUGAGCGCCUCAUGACCGCGUACCUGUCCACCAAGGGGGCGGCCACGCAGCCGGCCGUGCUGCAGUGCUGCCUCAGCCUGCAGGGCUCUACCGCCGCCCUGCUGGUGCAGCUCAGCCUAGGCAAUCAGGGCCCUGAGCACGCCCCCCUCCGCUUCCCCCUGCCGCCAGUACAGUACAGCCUGCUGAGCUGUGUUCCAGAGUUUUUCGUGGAGAACAUGGGCGACUUCUUCAUCUUCUUACGGCGCUUCGCCGACGAGGUGCUGGAGUCUUCGGCCGAAUGCCUGGAGCAGGUCCUCAACUUCAUCACGAUCUUCAUGGGAAGCGUGGAGCGGUGAGGGCCGAGGCAGCGAGGCGUGUCUGUCUGUCCUGUCUGCCUGUCUGUCUGUCUCUCUCUCUCUGUCUGUCUCUCUCUGUCUCGCCCCCUAGUGGCUGUGUGUUAAACAUCGAUGCCUUAUUCCUUUUUGGCUCUCCUCUUGGCUUUUCUAGGGGAUCCUCACCAAUUUGAGCAGAAGUUCAACUAUCGCCGGCCCAUGUACCCCAUCCUCAAGUACAUGUGGGGACAGGACAACUACAGGGACAGCAUAAAGCGAUUGGCCGACUACGCCGCGGAGAACCUGGAGGCCAUGAAUCCGCCCCUUUUCCUCAGGUUCCUCAACCUGUUGAUGAAUGACGCCAUCUUCCUGCUCGACGAAGCUAUACAGUACCUGAGUAAGAUUAAGGUCCUGCAGCUGGAGAGGGACCGGGGGGAGUGGGAGGGCCUGGCCCCAGACGCCCGUCGGGAGAAGGAGUCCAGCCUGCAGAUGUUUGGCCAGCUGGGCCGCUUCCACAACAUCAUGUCCAACGAGACCAUAGGGACGCUGGCCUUCCUGACAUCUGAGAUCAAGGGACUGUUCGUCCAUCCCUUCUUGGCUGAGCGGAUCAUUUCCAUGCUCAACUACUUCCUGCAGCACCUGGUGGGCCCCAAGAUGGGGGCGCUGAAGGUGAAGGACUUCAGCGAGUUCGAUUUCAAACCCCAGCAGCUUGUGUCUGACAUCUGCACCAUCUACCUCAACUUGGGCGAUGAGGAGAAUUUCUGUGCCACAGUACCGAAAGAUGGCCGGUCCUACUCACCGACCCUGUUCUCUCAGAUAGUCCGAGUGCUUAAGAAGAUCAACAAGCCCGGAGAUAUGAUAGUGUCCUUCAGUCUCCUGGCAGACAAGAUAAAGUCGCUGGCAGACAGACAGCAGCAGGAGGAGGAGACUUAUUCAGAUGCCCCGGACGAGUUCCUGGAUCCCAUCAUGUCCACGCUGAUGCUGGACCCUGUGCUCCUCCCCUCCUCGCACAUCACGGUCGACCGCUCCACCAUUGCACGCCACCUCCUCAGUGAUCAGACGGAUCCCUUUAACCGGAGCCCCCUGACCAUGGACCAAAUCCGGCCCAACGAGGAGCUGAAGCAGCAGAUCCUACAGUGGUUAGCCGAGCGCAAGAAGGAGCGGAUGGAGAUGGGCCCCAGUGGAUAACCUAGACCGGCGGCCUGACCCCAUGACAACGCCUGCUGUCAGUGUUCUCUAGGCACCCUGCUUACUGAAAGAAUAAAUCUAGGGUGGGAAAUGGGACAGUUUUAACAGGUUAUCAUUACCAUACUGAAAAGUAUUUUACAAGUGGAAAAGCAAGUGUGUAAGAUUAGAAGUAAAGGAGAAAGUGUAACCAUCAUAUGAUUUCUGAAGUUCUGUUUUAACAACAUUCACAAAAAAAAAUGAUGUGUAUUACUCUCUCCCUAUAAUCAUACUUGUCCCCUUAAAUAGAAGACCUUGCAUAAAAGCAUGGGUGAAUUUAUAAAUUGCAACACAAGGCACACUUUUUGUUCUGAAGAUCCAUAUCUUAUCUCCAUUUUGGUCUUUCUUGUGUUAAACCCAAUUUAGCCUAAUCGCAUAUGAAACUGACACGUGAUUGUCCAAUUAACAUGUUAGAAUAGUCACUAUUCUUUCAUUUUUUUGACCCAUAAGUCUUUCUUGGUUUGAGUUUAAGAAACACCGGAGAGGCAAAAACGAUUGUUGUCAUCCACUGUGCAUCCUAAAUGAAUAGGCGACGAAAUGUUAUUUGCAAUGACUAUGUAGUGAGGGCUAACUGCCUCGUUAAUCUCUACACUUCAUUGGCUAAUAGUAAUGUUAAGGAUUAAUAUUCUUUUUUUUUUAUCUAAAAUGACAGAUUUUAUGUUUCAUUUUUAGAAAUGAUCAUUUUCACAAGUGUGUUUUCCAGCCAAAAGAAAUAGUAUGAAAUUGGAGACUAUUAAAAAUGUCUUUUUUUCAAGUUACCAGUAGUGGUACUUUAAUAAGAGCCUUAUAGUACUGCGUUUAUAUUGGUGAUGGAAUUUUCAUAUGUUGUAUCUUACUACUUUUGUAAAAGAUUUAUUGUAAUUUCCCUCCAUGUAUUAUUUGUGGUAUUUUUUUUUCUUUAUUGAUUAAACUAAUUAAUGGAAACUGAAAGACAGAAUAGUGUUGUGCAGGUUGAAACUGGUACAGGUUAGCAAGCCAAAUACAAAAAUAAUAAUAAGUGUAUAUGUCCAGUUUCUGUUGGGGGGCUUUGCCAGUGUCAAUACUGACAAUUAAAGGUGAUCAGCCAUUUUAUGACAAUUUAUGCAAGUACAUGAGAUGGGCCUUAACUUUCUAUUAUUGGUAAGGGUGCAGGUUUGGCCUAUGGUCUGAAGUCCUUUAUUACUUGAAUAGUUUAGGAGGAAUUUUCCCACCUGUUUUUUUCCAGACUCCAGGUACUAGAACUGUCCAUGUGUUGGCAAAGGACCCCUUGGGAGAUUUUCCACAGAAACGCAGUUUGACAUUGGCGCUCUGGUCAAGUCACCCAUUCUAAUGUACUGUUUGUCUUUCCUACUCAAUUUUGGGCAGUUGCUUGGUGAAUUAUAUGCUGAAAUAGAGUGGGGGGGGUGGAAAUGUUUAUACUGUACAGCUGGAAUAGAAUAUAUAUAUAUAUAUAUAUAUAAAUGCAAAACCUGUACAAAAUUACCAUAUGAGGAUGACAAUAAAAUGAGAAAUUCAGACUGUU